CGCGUGAGGGCCGGACGGAGCGCGGGACUUCGGGGCCCUGGGUUUCCGUUCCGGCGCUCUGACUACCGUCUGUGGCGUGUGGGGCCGUUUAAGAAAUGGCUGAUUCUGAUGAUGAUGAUGAUGUCCCUCAGCUUUCUUCCCAUACCCUAGCAGCUCUGCAGGAAUUUUAUGAUGAACAGCAGCAUCGAAACACUGACCCUGGUGAAGACAAUAAAUAUAACAUUGGGGUAAUAGAAGAAAAUUGGCAAUUAAGUCAGUUUUGGUACAAUGAAGAAACUGCCUUACGAUUAGCUACUGAAGCUAUUAUGGCUGCUGGUAAAGGUGGAAGGAUAGCAUGUGUCAGUGCCCCCAGUGUUUACCAGAAAUUAAGAGAAUUGAAGGAUGAAGACUUUUCAGUGUGUAUCUUGGAAUAUGACAAAAGAUUUGCUGUAUAUGGAGAGGAGUUCAUCUACUAUGAUUACAAUAAUCCUUUAAAUUUGCCUGAAAAGCUUACUCCACAUAGUUUUGACAUUGUUAUUGCUGAUCCGCCUUAUCUUUCUGAAGAAUGUCUCAGAAAAACAGCAGAAACCAUCAAGUUUCUAACACAAGGAAAGAUUCUGCUUUGCACAGGUGCUAUCAUGGAGAAAGAGGCAGCAGAACUUCUCGGGGUGAAGAUGUGCAAAUUUAUUCCAAAACACACUCGAAAUCUGGCAAAUGAGUUUCGAUGUUAUGUUAAUUAUGAUUCGGGACUGAAUUCUGAAGUUAACUAUUCAUAGCAGUAUAAUAGAAGAGAAUAUUCUAAAUAAAAUUCUAUUUUCUUGAACUCAUUCAUAAUACUCCUAUUAAAAAGAUGCCUCCACCGCUAUAUUUUCUGGUCCAUA